AUGGGGAAUGGCAUGACCAAGGUACUUCCUGGACUCUACCUCGGAAACUUCAUUGAUGCCAAAGACCCGGACCAGCUGGGCCGGAACAAGAUCACACACAUCAUCUCUAUCCACGAGUCACCCCAGCCUCUGCUGCAGGACAUAACCUACCUUCGCAUCCCUGUGGCGGACACCCCUGAGGUACCCAUCAAAAAGCACUUCAAAGAAUGUAUCAACUUCAUCCACUGUUGCCGCCUCAAUGGGGGGAACUGCCUUGUGCACUGCUUUGCAGGCAUCUCCCGCAGCACCACCAUCGUGACGGCCUAUGUGAUGACUGUGACGGGGCUAGGCUGGCGGGACGUGCUUGAAGCCAUCAAGGCCACCCGGCCUAUCGCCAACCCCAACCCAGGCUUUAGGCAGCAGCUCGAAGAGUUUGGCUGGGGCAGUUCCCGUAAGCUCCGCCGGCAGCUGGAGGAGCGCUUCGGAGAGAGCCCUUUCCGCGACGAGGAGGAGGUGCGCGCGCUGCUGCCGCUGUGCGCGCGCUGCCGCCAGGGCCCUGCGCCGGCGCCCGCGGCCCCCGCGCCGCACUCGGCUGCCUCCGAGGGAACCCUGCAGCGCCUGGUGCCGCGGCCGCCCCGGGAGGCCCACCGGCCGCUGCCCUUGCUGGCGCGCGUCAAGCAGACUUUCUCUUGCCUCCCGCGGUGUCUGUACCGGAAAGGCGGCAAGUGAGGAUCCCGGCCCGCCGUGGCGCCCCUCUUCCUAACGACCGGUCCCUUUCGGGGCUGUCUGGGCCUCCCUCGGCCUCCUGGACGGGCCCAGAGCCUGUGGGAACCCCGCGGCGCCCCGAGCCCUGCCCCUGCCCCUGAUGCCCACCCUGCUUGUCUGCGUCUGCAGUCUGUGUGUCCUCC